AUGAGAGCAAGAACAGAUCAAUCUUUCAGUGAAUUCUUAUUGCGUAUAGGUAAUGGGGAGAAGCCUACAAUAAGAGAUGAUUUGGUACUUCUUCCAAAACAACUGGUUAUUCAAAAUACGAGCAGCAGUCCUGGUGAAGAUACAUUAGUAAAAGAAAUAUUUCCGUCGAUGGAUAAAAAUGCAAGUGGUGCAAAAUACAUGAUAGAACGGGCUAUCCUAGCAAGAAGAAAUAAAUACGUUGAUCAACUAAAUGAAAAGUUAAUUUUCAAAUUUCCAGGUGAAAGCAGAACAUUUCUGAGUUUCGACUCUGCAGAAGAUGAUACUAACAAUUAUUAUCAGGAAGACUACUUAAAUACUCUCACACCAAAUGGUCUGCCUCCACACAGAUUGGUUUUGAAAAAAAAUGCCCCUAUCAUGUUAUUAAGAAAUUUGGAUGCUUCCAAUGGCUUAUGUAAUGACACAAGAAUAAUAUGUAGAGGCUUUGACAAAAACGUCAUACAUGCAGAAAUAAUGAUUGGGGAAAAUGCUUUUAAGCAUGUGUUUAUCCCACGAAUCCAGCUAUCACCUCCCGAAAAUGAAGCUAUACGUUGCACUCUUAAGAGGAAUAUCAAUGUCAACGAUAAAAUUUUUGGUCAUGACAGAGCAGCCACAGCGAAAAAAAGGAACAUACACCAAAAACAUCGUCUACAAAUAGAUAUUAGGUUCAGGAGAUACACAAUUACAUUAGAUUGA